AUGAAAAUUAAUUACGUGCUACUGCCUCUAAAAGCACAUUAUUUUUUUUUUCAUGCAGCUAUGGCUGCUAUUUUUCCAUUUUUACCUGUUUACGGUAAACAACUCGGUGUUUCUCCAUUAAUAAUGGGUAGCAUCACUGCCAUUUUACCCAUUGUGUAUAUGAUUACUAAACCAACAAUUGGUUUUAUCAUGGAUUAUUUUCAAACACAAAAAAAGUUAAUCUUUAUGUUUAUACUUGUGGUUUCAUACGGUUCCUGUAUUCUGAUAUACUUUUUGCCACCAUUACCGGGACCAAUGAUACCAGACCAUCAGUUUGAAAAUGUUUCUUGUGCGAUUUUAUCAUUUUGCGAUAUAAACUUUAACUCAACAGCAUUAUUAUGUGAUACAAAGAACACUAAAUGUCACUGGACAUGCAGAGACACAAAAUUUUCCGUUCGACUAUCUUUUUAUGCUACUUCUUCUGAGAACGAAGCAGUUAUUUCCCCAAAUACUACAUGUUUAUUAAAUUUUAACGAAACGGCAUUAUGUCAAGGAACAGAAAAUUGUAAUGUUACCUGUGAUAAUUUUGAAAAUGAUUACUGCUUGUAUACAUCUACUACUUUCUGGGGAUUCGUCUUUUUAAUGUCUCUUGGCACUAUUGGUAUUGUUACUUCCUUUAAUAUAAACAACGCAAUUUGUUUUGAAGUAUUAGGUAAAGGUGAGCAAAUGAAAUAUGGUAAACAGCGUAUAUGGGGUGAAAUUAGUUAUGGUUUAGUAGGAUUUUUAGUUGGAUAUAUUAUAGAUAUAUGGUCCCAAGGUAAAAUCUAUAAAACUUAUACACCAGCAUUUCUUUUUGCAUUUAUAUUUAUCAGUAUUGAUUUGUUAUGCUGUAAAAAUCUGAAGCUGCCACGUAUAUCAAGAUCGGCGAAUAUAUGUGCAAAUAUCUAUGCGCUUUCAAAAUACAAAUCUAUUAUUAUAUUUUUCUGUUUUGCUGUCAUUGUCGGAGCCAUUGAUGGUUAUAUAAUCUUUUUUUUGUUGUGGUAUGAAGAAGAUUUAGCUAUAAAGACUGGUUACAUGGACAAAAUUAAAUUAAUAGAAGGUUUAACUGUAGCCGCAGAAGCUUUCGGUUGUGUAAUAUUUUUACCUUUAUCUGGUAGAAUAUUAAAUAAAUUUGGAUAUGGUUACACCUUUAAUCUCUCUCUCGUAUUUUACGUUUUACGGCUGGGAUUAAUAUCUAUAGUACCAACACCAUGGUGGAUUGUUCUAAUAGAAUUUUUAUUACUAGGAUUAUCGUAUACACUUUCCUAUGUAACAACAAUAGCUUUCGCAGAUGUAAUAUCAUCAUCUAGUGUAUCCGUUUCUGUUCAAGGCAUUAUGUCAGGAUUGAAAGAGGGUUUUGGUUUUGCUAUCGGUAAUUUGGUGGGAAGUAUGCUCCUAAAAAAAUUUGGUGGUGCAUUAACUCUGCAAAUAUUUUCGAUAUUUGCAGCAUUUUGUGCGCUAGUAUAUUUUGCACUUUAUAUUACGUAUUUGAAGCAUAAGUUACCAGGAACACGAAAUAAUGUUGAGUGGAAAAAGUCUGAUGAUGCACGAAAACGGUUUGUUGUAGCAGAAUGA